AUGACAAGCUUAGUCCGAAAGGUUGACACAAAUGGCUACACCAUUUUACACCAUGCUGCGGACAUGGAGGAAGAGACUACACAAAUUAACCCUGAAGGACCUCGUGCAGAGGAGGUAACACUCUUCCACUACGCCAUGUUGCGCGACAAGAAGGAAAACAAGACUUGCGAAGAGCUAUUCAAAACGAAGCACAAUGAACUACUCAAGCAAGCACAGCAAUGGAGAAAAGACACUCCUCACUCUUGCUCUGCAGUGGCUGUUCUCGUUGCUAGCGUGGCCUUCACAGCUGCCUACACUGUACCAGGGGGCUCCAAUGAGAAGGGAUUUCCAGUUUUCCUCAACAACACUCUCUUCUUGGUUUUCACAGUCAUGGACGCUAUUGCUUUAACUUGCUCCUUGACCUCCAUUGUAAUGUUCUUGUCCUUCCUCACAUAG